AUAAAAUCCGUUUUUUGUAUAAACUCAAAGUAUACUGUUUUUCUAGAAAACAGUUUUUAUAAAAACUGUUUUUUAUUUAAAAAGUACAAAAAAAAAAAUUAUAAACUUUUUUUGAAAAAAAAGUAUACUGUUUUUAUAAUUUUGUAAAACUGUUUAUAAAAAUUGUAUAAAACUCAUGUAUCUAAAACAUAAAAAAAAAUGAUGGCCUCUCAUGUAAACUUUGCAAAAAGUUUAACGAACAUGUUACUUACAAUUGUAAAUGUGUAUAAAAUAUUAAACUGUAUAUAAGUUAAAUAUGAGGGGUCCAAUAAUUUGUAAUAAACAAAUCAUAUAAUUUAUCAAUGAGUUGACCCAGUCGAUCGAAGAAUCGACCAGUUGGAGCUUAUCAAUGAGUUGACCCAGUCAAUUCGUUGAUAAGCUCCAACCGAUCGAUUCUUCUGGCUGCGGCUUUAGCCAUCGACGGACUCUCCCAAACGCAUGUACUUACAUUAUGUCGCUACAUGUGAUUUAGCCCAUCCAUGGUUCAAUCCGUAGCCCAAAAAAUCGCCCGGAUAGAGCUUAUCAAUGAAUCGACUGGGUCAACUCAUUGAUAAGCUCCAACCAGUUGAUCCUUCGGUCGACUGUGUCAACUCAUUGAUAAUUAUAGGAUUUGUUUAUUAGCAAUUAUUGGGCCCCUCAUAUUAAACUUAUACACAUUUUAAUAUGUUAUACACAUUUUCAAUUGAUAAUACUUAUAAAAAAAUUAAUCUUCUAUUACAAUCACACUAACAAAAACCAAAAUAAAUUAAUGUAUUUUAGAUGACUGAUGAACAAUCGACAUCGGCCGCCCAGCCCAACUUUGCGCCCAUGACCGAAGCCGAGGGCAACAAUGAAAGAGCUGUUUGGGUGACCCCAGCCCAAGUUGCUUUGUAAGUAGUUAUCAACAAACCAUAAGUCAAUUAAUUUUAUAUAAUGUCAAAUAAUCCAACCAAAUCUCAUAUAAAUAAAUACUCUUAAUUUUUUGAAGUGACAAAACAGUGUUUCAAGGCAUAAAAAACAUAAUAGGAGGACACUUUCUUGGCAUUUGGGCCUCCUACUCCGAUGUUGAUCCCAAGGUCCGCGAACUAUUGUGGAACCUAUUUAAGGUAAAAAUAAAUGAAUGUUCCCUGCAUAAUUGUAGUAGUCUAAUAUAUAACAAAUGAUUAAUUAAUGCAACUUUUUUAAUAAAGGCUCGCUAUCGCUGGACUCACGCAAACGGUGCUGAUAUUCUUAGAGCCUACAAUUAUAGGAUUUCGGCCUGGCUUCGGCCCACUUUUAAGCGUGCCCGAAACAGUGGGAGAAAGCCUAAAUGGGUUUCGGAUGAAGUGUGGACCAACCUUUGUCGCCACUCGUCUUCGGAUCCGAAAUUCUUGGCCAGAAGUCAAUCCGGUAAGAAAAACCGGAUGUCCGAGAAGGCCUUGGAGACGCAGUGGCAUGGGGGUCGCAAAUCCCAGUAUGCCCAUAAAGAAACUCUUGCUGGUCCUGAGAAGAAGAAGAAGGUUAAUAUUCUCAACCUCGUCAAGCAUUGCUGGACAAAGCACGGUGAGGAGUCUGAAGCCAAUCUGCCACCCCGCCUCGCUGAGUUCGAAGUAUGUAACAUCAUAUUUUGUUAUUUAGUAACAUUUCAAAUCUAAGUAUGUAAUAUUUAAAAAAAAAUGCAGUCGAAGUACAAUGAAUCCGUUGACAGGCGGCGUGCGGAGCGAGGCUUGACCCAGGAGGAUGAGCUCGAUUCCGAUGCGGAUGAUGAGGCGGCCAUUGAGGCGGCCGGGGUUUACAAGGGUCGGGUUCCGAGCUUGGGAGCUGAGGGGCAACGGAUUUUGUAUGAUCGAAGCACCGGCGCUUCCUCUUCUCAGUCAAGGUGCGGAGAAGAUCCUCGUAUGGCCCAAAUGCAGCGUGAACUGCAGGAGCACGAACGGCGAUGGGAGGAGCAGCGGAAAAGAGAGGAAGAAACAAAAGCCCGGAUGGAGGAGAUGGAACGGUUCAUGCGUGCCGGAUUCCAGCCUCCGCACCAGCCUUUUCCUACCCCGUACGUAUUCCACCCUGAGCAAACUCCUCAAGUUCCGCACAUGGGCGGUAAGGGUCUUUUCUCCAACUCCGGAUACGGUGGCAUGCCUAUGAUCUCCCCGAAUUUCGGAUCUAUGUCCUUUGAUUUUGCGAGGUCAUCCGGAGGAGGUAGUGGUACACCAAGCCAUGGAGCCCGAGGAGCACCCCGAGGAGGAUCACGAGGAGGAACCCGACCCGAUGACCCCGUGCAGCAGCCCGAAGACCCCCCCGUGAACCCAGAUGAGUUUCUUGUUGAUGAUGAUGAAGAUGAAGAAAAUCCUAAUUUUUUUCAUAAUGGAGUCCGACGAUGAACAGACAUGUAAUCAUCAUACAUUUAUACUUUGUUGUAUGUCAUAACAUUUAAAAGUUUGUCAUAAUAUUUAUUAAGUUUGUUGUAUGUCUUUUAAUUGCUUUACUCUUUAAA